CCGCCAUCAACGAUGCUUUAACUCAGCCACAUGGUAUUGGGAUUUUAACGGGCGACCCUGUGGUUUCAGUACCGCAGUCUUUGGAUGACGUGAGCUGGCGCAUCGGCGGAUGUGCAUCUGUGCAUUUGAGUUUAGUCCAAGCAGCCAACAGCGCGGAAUGUAUGCUCUUAGCAGUUGAAACGCUCUACGAAGCAGUGCAGGACAACUGGAGGAAUAGCGAGGCAAUGGAACGAGAUAAUGGGUACGGAAUUCUUGCGGCUCUGCUCCCAGAAAAACUGGGAUUUACCUUGGGAAAUUCUGCCACGCCAUCCAAAUCGUCCAUUGUUUGUUCCAGCAGCGAAGAACGGUCUGCUUUGGCUCUCGAGCUGCUACGUCUAACGCUCAAGUUCGUUGGUUAUGACCUUCAACGCCCUGACUGUUCCAUUAUCAUAAAUCCGCUUGCGUACAGGGUCUUGCUUGUGGAUUUGGACAUAUGGCGAUUUGGCGAUCUUCCUGUCCUCCAACUAUACUAUUCUCAGUUUACUACCUUUGCCGCUGAAAGCCAAUUUCGUCGUUUCAACGCAAAGCGCUUAGCUCGCAUGCGUGUCAACAAAAAGCUUCUAGAAUCCUUGAAAGGAGACGGAUUUACCCAGGAUGCGUUGCCUCUUUUCGUAUCUGCCUUUAGGUCGCUUUUGGAUAGUUCCUUGUCCGGAGAUUUGCUCCGAUCUCUGGCUCUGUUCAUAACAUACGCCAUUCACAAGCCUAAACCAUCUGCAAAGCUGCAGAAGAAACGAAGCCUUCGAUUCGCCUCAAGACCCGAUCAAUCAGUGCUUCCUUCUUCAAACCCUGUGAAGUAUGUUUCAAGCCCUACGCUGGCGGUUGAAAUACUUCGAAUGUACUGUUCUCUCCUCUGCAACCCCGACGAUCCCAUGCCGCUGAAGAAAUUCGCCAGAGCUGUUACAAACAAGUGGCUCCUAUAUCUUAUGUGCGAAGACGAACCUGAAAUUGUGUUUCUUGCGACUAAGAUCAUGGCUCGCUUGAUUGUCGUUCAUGGUAGCAGCUAUAGCAAAAAGUUCGCCGAGAAAACAGGAGGUUAUCGCAUAAUGCAAUAUCGCCUCAAGCGAUGGUGGAAUAUCCCUGCUUUAUGGCCUGUAUGCUUCGCUAUUCUCUUUGGAAUAGACGUUGCGCUUUUGAAGAUUGACAGACCCUUCGACCGCUUUGAGCUACUGCACAUACUUUCCUUGAGAGGCGAACCUAAGAUCAUGUUUCCUGAGAUGCUCUCUGUCAUUGCGGAAAUGAUGCAGAGCGGGUUGAAAAAGGCAGUCUUAGCGAGUGAAAUCCCAAAGACAGAUGAAGUAGAUCGAAGUUCUUUACAGGAACGCCUGAACCGGUUGGCCAGGCCGUCCAUGUCUUCCUUCGGCCCCGUCGGCAAUAUUCCACCAAACAAGACGCCCGAAGAAAUCCUAAUCCUGACAACGGUCGUUGAAUUUCUUGCUGAGCUUCAUGUAAAGUCACGGCAUUUCCGCGACUUCGCUGCUCAGUCGAUUUAUGUUGAAAAGUUGCUUUUCAUCCUGUUUCCAGUGGUUGUUGGGUCAGAUAUACCCAGCGCGGAAGUUGAAUUGAAUUCUUGCGACGGCGAGCUCGGCUUUGAUGAGAAUAGCCUCGUCAUUCGUCCCCGUUCAAAUACGGCAACUGAAUUGCGAACAACUAGAGUCGAAGAGUCAGGCCCACGCGAUGAAAACGGUGGUCCUCUGAAACGUGGAUCGUCUUUCAUCCUUGUGUCUUCAAAUAAAGCAAAAUACCUACCGUCCUCUGCACGCUUACGCCAUGUGAUUACUCCUAACAUCGAUCAGAAGGGGACGAUAUGCGACCAUCCUAUUGUCAAGGGUGUGUUGUCGCUGGUGCUAGCCGUCUUCUCGGAUCACCUAUUCGAGCGUAAAGAUUUUACUGGUUUGGGAUUCUAUGCUCAAGCGCCUCCUGCAUUUCCUGACGACCACGCUUACUUUGUUUCCUGGUUGCUUCAAAACCUGCUUUCAACUCUGAAGGACGCUUUACUUUCGCACAAUGAGCUGUUGUGGGAACCACGAACACUGAACAAUUUAGGGCGGCUUGUGUCGCAGGUAAGGGAAGCAGUGUAUGAAGGUUGGUUUGUAGAUGGAGCAAUAGCUACGCUUGAUUUUGCAGGGUCUAUUCUGGAGUAUCUUCAACAGCCCGACGUGGCACGUUCAAAGAGCAUCCGGCUCUGCAGCCAAGCUGUUACGACGAUCGUCUCGACCCUGUUCCGCGUUGUCCUUCUGAAGUUAUCAGAAUCUGAUGAUUCGGAGAGUGUUUCUGUUCUCCGUCGUUUGAUAUACUGGCAAGCGGUGCUCUUAUCAGCGGGUGAGACCCAGUCAGAGAAUUUACAGUUGCUAUGCUACUUGCUGUACACAAAAUUAAUUAGUGACAAUGACGACGUUCGCCUGGGCGCGGCCAAUCUAUGGCGUGUGAUUCUGGUUCAGAAGCCUACUGAGAUGUCUACAAUACUGAGCCAAGCAACGGUUUCUCUGCGAAAGCGAUUGUCGGGCGGUCUUGAGACCCUCGUUGGUCUGGAUGAUGCUGCCUUCCUUGAAUGGGUUGAUGAGCAACGAGACGAUCUUGAUGCCCUGUUCUUUGGUGUAUUCUCUAAGACCUGGGAAUCUUUCGUGCAGGGAGAAAAUUCCAGUACUGAAGAAUCCGCGCGAAGUAGAAUUUCUAAACGCAGGGAGAAAUUGAAACAGUGGAUGCAAGCCGAGAAAUUCAGUGACGAGUUGAUCCGCAAGCAGGAGGUUACAUUCAACCGCUGGGUAUCAAACAUAUCUGCAUCCGAAUUUUUGAAGUAUCAGAGGAUCUUACAAGACCAACAAGACGAUUCGGCAUUCAUGUGGUCUGCAUUCUCACAUUUGUCGAUGGACUUGCGGCGUUUUGGGGGUGUCCUUGCUGAACGGAAAGAGAAGAAGUGGCGACUCGACCACACUGAAGGACGUAGUCGGAUGCGACUACGAGUGGUGCCAGAUGACUCAGGGGAGAGGCAAGAUUACCAGCCGAAGAGAAAGGCUUCGGAGCCCCCAGUUCCCAAGAUAGAUAUGCGUGUGCGUUCCGUGUCUAAUGGUGACACAUUGGCGCUUACUUCAACAGUUCUGGCAUCAGAACCUGCGGAUGGGCAUCCACAGGCUAUUGACUCGGAUAAUAAGGAAGUUCUCGAGGAAAGCUUCGAGAUGAUUGAUGAUCCAAGUCCGGACGUGGAAGACUAUGAGGACAGAAAUCGAAAAGUCAUGAGAAGCCUAUAUCGCGGCGACCAAGUCCAAAAUGUUUGCAAUAUGUCUCGCGUUAUUGGCUUGGAAGCAUGCGAAGGUCUCUUGAUCCUGGGCAAGGAUAGAAUUUACAUCCUAGACAACUUCUUUCAGAGAGCAGAUGGGGAGAUUGUCAACGUUUGGCAAGCUCCCUCGGAGGAGCGAGACCCAUAUGUUCGCAUGAUUGCUGGUAGGGAGUCAGUGGAACGCAAAUCGCAAGACCAUGAAACAAGAAAUUGGAAAUGGUCAGACGUGGUCAGCGUGUCUAAAAGACGUUUCUUGUUCCGCGAUGUGGCACUCGAGAUAUUUUUCACAGAUGGGGGCAGCUACUUGAUAACCUUCAUCUCCUCGCGCAUUCGAGAUGAUCUAUAUGCCCAACUAGCAGCCAAGGCUCCUCAAAUAACCGGAAGCAUUGGCCACUUGCGACCGGAAGAUGCGUGGAGAUUCGAGACUCUACGAAGCCAGGAGGAUGCACCGCAGACCCUCGGAUCGAAGUUUGCCAGCGUCUUUGGUCAUUCGCCGGCACAUCCGGUGACACGUAAAUGGAUCAAGGGCGAAAUAUCGAACUUCCAUUAUCUGAUGCUGUUGAACACACUUGCGGGAAGAACUUUUAACGAUCUGACACAGUAUCCUGUCUUUCCAUGGGUUCUUGCCGAUUACACGAGCGAGGAACUGGAUUUGACAAACCCCAGGACUUUCCGUGAUUUGUCAAAACCGAUGGGUUGCCAAACGUUGGAACGUGAAGCCGACUUCAGAGAACGCUACAGAGCGUUUGCAGAAAUGGGGGAUGACAAUUCCCCGCCAUUCCAUUAUGGGACCCACUAUUCUUCUGCAAUGAUUGUCAGCUCAUACCUCAUUCGACUGCAGCCAUUUGUGAAGUCGUAUCUACUUCUUCAGGGUGGAACGUUCGACCACGCCGAUCGUCUCUUCUAUUCUGUGGGCAAGGCGUGGGAGUCGGCUUCAAGGGGAAACAUGUCGGAUGUCAGAGAGCUUAUCCCCGAGUUCUUCUAUCUGCCCGAGUUCCUCAUGAACCUGAAUAAAUACGACUUUGGCCUUCUUCAGAACAAUACAGCUAUUGAUUCAGUGGAACUACCACCUUGGGCUAAGGGCGAUCCGAAGAUCUUUAUUGCAAAGCACCGGGAAGCGCUCGAGAGCCCCUACGUGACGCAAAACCUACACCAAUGGAUCGACUUGGUCUUUGGGUGCAAACAGAAAGGUGAAGCGGCAGAGGAAGCAGUCAACGUUUUCCACCAUUUAUCCUACCAAGGUUCCAAGGACAUCGACAAUAUCAACGACCCCGUGGAGCGGUUGGCUACUAUUGGUAUUAUCCACAACUUCGGGCAGACACCACAUCAGAUCUUCAGUCGACCCCAUCCUCCGAGAGAAGAUAAGCACCACAGAGCUGCGCGGCUGGACCACCUUGCCGAGUCACUUACGCAACUUCCAGUUGCCCUGCUUGACAUUGAGGAGAGAGUGUCGUCGCUUUCAAUGAAGCAAGAUCGUCUUCUCUGCACUGCUGCUCUUCGACUGAACAUCCCGCCUCUUUACGACAGGUAUAUGGAGUGGGGUUUUUUUGAUGGGAGCGUCAGAUUCUAUUCUUCGGAAAGCCGGAAGCUCCUUGGACAUUUUGAGCAUUUGCAUAUCGGCCAACUAUCUUGCGCAGUUUUUGCGGACUCUCGAACCCUCAUCACAUCGGGCACGGACUGUACAAUUUGCAUCUGGACAUUUACCUUAAGCGCGAAGUCGGUAGAUCUGCAACCCGUAUGUUCUCUAUUCGGACAUCGAUCUCCAGUCACUGUACUUGCAGUUUCACGGUCAUUUAGUACUCUGCUGUCAGCAUCGGUGGAUGGCCAGAUAAUACUCUGGGACCUCAACCAACACUGCUUCGUCCGGGAACUUCCAGCGAACGGAACUGUGGAGUGUGCCCGAAUCAGUGACGUGACAGGGGACAUCAUGGUCUGCCGUGGCAAUCGCAUCAGUCUCUAUACCUUAAAUGGGGAACUGCUGGCAGAGGAGACGGUGUAUGAAGCGCCCGACGACCCGAUUUUGACGUGCAUGUUUUACGAAGGGGUGAAUGAUGAAUGGCUGGAGCGCGAUCUUCUCUUCACGGGUCACAGGAGAGGCGUUGUUAACAUAUGGAGCAAGACCAUUCGCAGCGGGAGAUUCGAAUUAGACCUUGUCCGGCAACUUCAUCAUGUCGACAGCAACCGCGACGAUGGUGUGAACAUCUCCGCAGGGAUCAGCUGUGUGCUGGCGCUUCCGAACGUCGUUUACACGGGAGACGAGAUGGGCAGGGUGUACGAGUGGAGUUGCAUCCCACGCCCUUGAGAUGUCCUAUAGAGAAUUCUUUAUCCAGCCAACGGCCAGCCAUUGGUACAGCUUUCUUUUCCUUUUCUUUUCCUUUUCUUUUCCUUUUCUUUUCCUUUUCUUUUCUUUUUUUGGGAAUUAUAAAAGUUUUAACGAAGACAUAUGAGCAGUUUGCUUUUGGCGUAUAAAUUAUCAUGGGCUUGCGGACAAAAUUUCACUUUUCUUUUCGUGUCUUUUCUUUGGUUUUAUUAGAAAAGAAGGCUUAUAGAACCAUG